AUGACUUUGUCUCGCGCACAGCUGGCUGAGCGCAUCGCACAAGGAGAGACGCUGGUGUUGCAUCGACGAAAGAUCUACAAGCUGGACCGAUGGCUUGCAAGACAUCCUGGUGGCGAGCUCGCCAUUCUACACUUUGUCGGCCGCGAUGCAACCGAUGAGAUCGAAGCAUAUCAUUCGGACGACACCAUCUCACGCCUCAUGUCCAGAUUCGUCAUCGCCCAUCUGGAUGAGGCAGAUUGGCACAACUACCGACCACUGGUGCCACCGGUACAGCUGGGCUAUCGCAAGGGCAAGCUCGACCAUCCUCAUGCUCAAGUUGGCAUGUGGCGCCACCGCAACACGCCAUCAACGUCCGUCUCGAACUCCAGUCGAGCAAGCCAAGAGCCAUAUGCUUCUUCGGAUAGCUCCGACGAAGCCGUCGUUGAAAGCAUCGUGUCCAAUGACUCGAAGCGUGAUGCUUCUCGUCAUGCAAAUAUUUCAGCAGCGUCAAGACCAUCUUCGACCAAGACCUUGGCAUCUUCGACCCUCUUCGUGGAACGACCCGAAUCCUUCCCUCUGCCAGUCGACCUAUUGGAACCACCGCCUGAUCCCGACUCGGUCGAUCCCAUCCGAGAGCACAAGAUCUCACAAGCCUACCAACGCUUGCAUCAGCAGGUCAAAGACUCUGGCCUCUACGACCUGCAUCCCAUCGGAUAUGCACGCGAAAUGGCGCGAUACGUGCUGCUCGCCUCUGUCGCCUAUGCAUUCUGGUCGCGCGGUCGAUCGCAGUUGCAAUCAGAGCGUUCGGCGGCUGACCCGAUAUCGAGCUGGAAUGCGUCCACCACCUCAUUUCUGCUCUCGAGCCUCUUCCUUGGGCUGUUCUGGCACCAGCUCACGUUUUCAGCGCAUGAUUCGGGACACAGCGGCAUCACGCAUUCUUGGCAAUGGGACCGCAUCAUCGGUACCACGAUCGCCGACUUCAUCGGAGGUCUGAGUAUCGGCUGGUGGUGCGACAACCACGAUGUGCAUCAUCUGGUCACCAACCAUCCAGAACACGAUCCCGACAUUCAGCACAUGCCCUUCUUCGCCAUCUCGCCUCAAUUUGUCUUGGCUGGCCAGACUACCAUCGUCAACAGCAACCAAAGCAUUCAAGCAUCUUCAUCCUCCUCCAGUCCAUCCAAGCCUUUGGGGCUGUGGUCCUCCUACUACCGUCGUGUGCUCGAGUUCGACGCGCCGAGCCGCUUUCUGCUCAAGCAUCAGCACAAGCUCUACUACAUUGUCAUGGCAUUCGGACGCUUCAACCUCUACGCGAACUCAUACGGCUUCCUCGCUACAAAGGCACGUCGUGACCGCUGGUGGGCGCUCGAGCUGGUUGGGUUGCUCACCUUCUGGACCUGGUACGGCUACGGUCUGCUCGGCUCUCUUCCCUCGUGGCCCGUCCGCAUCGCCUACCUUCUCAUUUCGCACAUUGUCACAUCACCGUUGCACGUUCAGAUCGUGCUCUCCCACUUUGCACAGUCUUGCGAUGAUCUCGGCCUGAGCGAGAGCUUCGCAUCGCGCCAGAUCCGCACCACCAUGGACGUCGAUUGCCCACCCUGGCUCGACUUCAUCCACGGCGGACUGCACAUGCAGGUCUCCCACCACCUGUUCCCACGCAUCCCACGCCACAAUCUGCGCGAGGUGCGCGACCGCUUCGUCGUUCCCUUUGCCAAACAGCACGGGCUGGAUUAUCACGAGUACAGCUUCACGAGCGGCAACGGUCGCGUAUUAGCCACACUCAAAAAGGUCGCCGACCAGGUUCACAUUCUGGCAAAGGUGGCUGAAGCUCAAGCAAAGGGCGAGAUCCAGCAUUGA